AUGUCAAUGGAUGUUUUCUCUCUCACUUCAACUACCAUUCCCUCUACUCUCACACAUACACAUGCUGCACCAGAUAAACCUUCCUGUCAUCUCCACCUUUCCAAACACUCACAUUUCAUGAGGUACCCUCUUAUCACAACACUCACCAGCAACAGAAUCCGCAGUUGCAGUAGUAUAAGAGCUCAAGCUUCAGGUUCAACAAAAUCUAGUACUGCUGAGGGGAUUCCUGAGAAAACAGAUUCCAAGGAUGAUAAUCUAGUUUUUGUUGCUGGUGCUACUGGAAAAGUUGGUUCAAGAACAGUCAGGGAGCUUAUAAAGCUUGGUUUUAAAGUUAGAGCUGGAGUGAGGAAUGCUCAGAAAGCUGGUGCAUUGGUUCAGAGUGUUAAGCAAUUGAAGCUUGAUGGUGCAAGUGGAGGGGGUGAAGCUGUAGAGAAGCUUGAAAUUGUGGAAUGUGAUUUGGAGAAGCCAAAUCAAAUUGGAUCAGCAUUAGGGAAUGCAUCCACUGUGAUAUGUACCAUUGGUGCUAGUGAGAAGGAAAUUUUCGACAUUACUGGACCUUGUCGAAUCGAUUACAAAGCCACCAAAAACCUAGUUGAUGCUGCAACCGUUGCCAAAGUAAAUCACUUCAUAUUGGUUACUUCAUUGGGAACAAACAAAUUUGGUUUUCCUGCAGCUAUUCUCAAUUUAUUUUGGGGAGUUUUGAUUUGGAAAAGGAAGGCUGAAGAAGCAUUGCUAGCAAGUGGAAUUCCGUAUACAAUAGUGAGACCUGGUGGCAUGGAGAGGCCUACUGAUGCAUACAAGGAAACACAUAAUGUAACUCUAUCAACUGAAGAUACUUUAUUUGGGGGUCAAGUUUCAAACCUUCAGGUUGCUGAACUCAUGGCAACCAUGGCCAAGAAUCCCGAUCUUUCUUAUUGUAAAAUAGUAGAGGUCAUUGCCGAGACAACUGCGCCAUUGACACCUGCCGAAAAACUUCUUACCACGAUACCUUCUCAACGCCCUUACGUUUCUCCGCCUAAGAAACCAGAUACGGCAACUGUCAGUAAUCCAGGUCCCCCUGAUAAUGUUGUAGCAGAAGUACUCAGUAUUGCCCCUGAAAUAGAAACAGAACAACCAAAACCAGUGGCGAAAACGGAACAGCCACUUUCUCCUUAUACUGCUUAUGAUGAUUUAAAGCCACCAUCAUCUCCUUCUCCAACUAAGCCUAGUGAGAAGAAACAGAUAAACAUCAGUGAUGCAGUUCCAACACCUAUUUCUUCGGAUACUCCAGGUAGCAUUCAAGAAAUAGAUGGCAUUUCUCAGACAACAUCUUCCUCAAAAGCGAAGGAGUCUCUAUCUCCUUACGCAGCAUAUCCUGAUUUAAAGCCUCCGAGUUCACCAUCUCCGAGUGUACCAACUACAUCAAUAUCCAAGAUAGAUACAGUAGUAUCAAGCAAUGGAGCAGCUCAACUUUCUGUGGAAGAUACACCAAAGGAUGAUGGACAGCCCCUUCAUGAACCAAAGUCAAGACCACUUUCACCUUAUGCAAUGUAUGAGGACUUGAAGCCUCCUGCAUCACCAUCACCUUCAUUCAGAAAAUCCUAG